GAUAAAUAAUUUUCAUUUAUAAAAGUUAAUUUUACUUAGAUACUAUAAAUUUGAGAAAUGUACAUCAAAACGGGAGACUAAACGAUUAGUUUCAAUUCAAACGUAAAUAGUUAAAAACAAACGAAAAAAAGAGAAAACGGAAAAUAACUAAACUGAUUACAUAAUUAUUUUUCAAAAUCUAAUUUGAAGAAAGUAUAACAUUUAUAUCUUAAUAAUUAAAUACAUUUGAAAUCUAUCUGGACAAUAUAUAUUCUAUUGAAUAAUGUAUUAUCUUCAGAAAUCUAUGUAAUGUUAGAUGAACAUUUAAAUGUUUAUUAAUUUAUAACAGUUAUAUGAACAAAUAUAUAUUACUUAUUCAAUAUUUAUAGUGCCAAUUAGUGAUAACGAUAAAUUUCAUGGAAAUAUCAGAAAACAUUUCAAGAGUUAAUCAAUAAACGUUUACCAGUGAAUUAUGAAGUAUCCUACAUCUAUUCAAUAAGAGAAUAAAACAAGAUGAAAAAAUGUAAAAUUAUUGAUUAUUAUUUCAUAUUUCAUGCAUUAUUUAUUAAUUAUAUUCAAAUAAUAAUAUGUGACCAAACAUCAAAUAUUGAUACAACAAAUCAUAAAUCUGAUAAAUUAUCUUCAAAUUUAAUCAAUAUUACAAAACAUAAUGGUCAUAGCAACAAAAUAAAGGAGACUAUUGAUAAUUCUAUUCCUAAUGUUGGUUUACAAGCUGCGGUGAUUUCUAGUGCAGGAUUAAUUGGUGAUGGAGUAGUAUCUUCUAAUAAUAUACACUAUGAGGAUAAAUCUGUAGAAGAACGUAAAACCUAUAUUCGAUUAAGUCAACCAAUGCGUAACUUAACUCGUUCAAUCGGAGCAAAAGGAACAUUUUAUUGUGAUAUUCUUGGUGAACCUAUACCUCAAUUUCAGUGGUAUAAAAAUGGUGAAAAAUUGUUAGAAAAACCGAAUAAAAUUAAAAUAACCACUGCCUUAUGGGGAAGCGCUUUACGUGUGGAAAAAUUACAUAAUUCUGACAUUGGACAGUAUUUGUGCGUUGCAACUAAUCCAUCUGGAACAUUGAAUGCCACAGCUUAUCUACAAUUAACAAGUAAAACUUCCAAGUCAAAUAUAUUUGUGAAACCAAUUUUACAACAAGAAAAUCAAUAUCUUAUGAAUUCAAUAACUGCUGAAUCUGAUGGUUUCUGUCAAGAAUUUCAUAGUAAUGUCUGUGGUAAAUACCUUAUGGGUCAUCGUGUCUAUGUAACAAGAGAAUUUCAACAAGCUCUUAUAGAAACACAAAUAUCUAAAUUUCUUAAGCUUACUGCAACUCAAUCACUACAUCGUGUACGAGAAGAUUGUUUAAGACGUUUAAUGGAAGCAAUUUGUUACUACAAUUUUCCAGUGUGUUUAGAAACAAAACCUGUUUCCUUUGAAAAUGAUGUUUCAAGCGAAACACAAUCAUUAAAUGAGAACUCAAUGCGUUAUUUAUAUCAGACACGUCAUUUAUGCAGACAAGAAUGCGAAAAUGUAAUGCAAAAUGAAUGUGGACCAACAUACGACUAUUUGGAUAGAAAAAUUCUGUAUGACUUACCGGAAAUGAUUAUGGAUUGUUCACGUCUACCGAUUUAUUCACUGGAUAAUCCACAAACAUGUCGUCGUAUAGGUGAACCUUUGAUUAUGUCAGAACAAAUAUCAGAAUACAGACAAGAUAAUGAUGGACAAUUCUGGGAAGAGCAUCAUAUGGCGGCACCAUCAUCUGGUCAUUUGAUAGAAAAGAAUGAAAAUGGUGUCUUAUCAUCUAGUCAAGACUUAAAUACUGCGUUAUCAACUGGUCCUGAUUUGCUACCUAUUUUUGUUUCAUUUGGGGCAUUAGCAUUGUUGAGUCUUGUUCUUCUUGCUGUAUGUUUUCUCUGUCGACAUGGUAAAAGUGAUUCACCGCGUUUAACAACAGAUAGUUCAAGUUUCCUAGGAAGGUCACGUAUUCGCUCCAACUGUCGAGGCAAUCGUAAUUGUUCUGAAACUGAAAGAUUGGACGGAUUUCACGUGAGAGGACAAGGAGUUGGGGCUCCUAAUGACUCAAACCAUGGCAGCAAGCAAAGGAGGGUCCCUGGAAUGGGAGCUGGUAUUAAACUAGGUGGUACGAACGGUUUCCUAAAUGGUAUGCAAGAAGCUUACACAACUACAUAUUGUGGAAGUAAUACGAUUUGCAGCACAAGUGAUGCGAAUGCUAUGAGCGCACCAGCUACGGUUGGGCAUAACAGUGUUUCUUCUAAUCUUAACAACACAAAUGGAGUACUUAAUGACACAUCUAUUUCUGCGGUUGCAUCCGCUAAACAUAAUGGUUCUGCGACGUAUUUCCAGUAUCAAGCUUCCAACUUUUUGACCCCACAAUUGCCUCCUCCUCGAGCCCCUGCACCGCCACCGCCAGGAUCACAAUGUUUAACGACACAAUCACAAAUAGGCAUUACAGCAAUUGCACCAACAUCAAUUCCAUUUAGUAUGACCGACCCAUCAUAUAAUGCACAGUCAUUUAAUCAGUCUAUCCACUUGCCAUUAAAUGGUGAUAUAAUUCCAGAGGUAGGAUUACAUUAUGAAACAAAAGCUGACGCUGAAAGUCCAGCGGCUUAUACAACACUUAGAAAUGCUAGUCCUAAUGAAUUCUUGUUAAAUGACCCUCCUUCAUCAAUUAACUCAUUUAACGCUUCACAAAACGCCACACUAUUCUCAAAAAUUAACUUGGAAGAUGAACCUAUGAAAGCUGUGGAAUAUCCCAUUUCUCAGUUGCGAUUUGGGAAACAAUUUGGACAAGGUGUUUUUGGACCGGUUUAUAAGGCUGAAUUACUACCGAAUAGUGCUUAUGAAAAUGGUCAUCCAAUUUCAGUUAUUGUAAAAACCUUAUCAGCUGGUUCACCUGCCAGUUUACAAGCAAAUUUUCGCAGAGAAGCUAAUUUAAUUUCUGAAUUAGAUCAUCCAAAUGUACUUAGUCUUCUUGGGGUUAGUGUACAACACCCACCAUGGUGUAUGAUAUUUGAAAUUCGGCAAUAUCUUGAUUUAUGUGAAUUAUUAUCUUCAAGAAGAUCUAUGAUUAAUCAAAUAAAUUUAACAAAUGUAAGUUAUCCUAAUGGUGUGACAUGUAAUUUGCCAAAUCCUCUUAGUGAAUCAGAAAUUUGGAGAGUAUUAUCACAAGUUGCUGCUGGAAUGGAUUAUUUAUCUAGUCAUCGUUUCGUUCAUCGUGAUUUAGCUGCAAGAAAUGUGAUCAUUUUAAAUGAGCAAUUAUUUUGUAAAAUUACUGAUCUUGGCUUAGCACGUGAUUGUUAUGCAGCUGAUUAUUAUCGUUUACAUCCUCAUAGUCUUAUGCUACCGAUUCGAUGGAUGCCACUUGAUUCAAUUAUCUAUGGUAAAUUUACUAUUGAAUCAGAUAUUUGGGCAUUUGGUGUAUUGAUGUGGGAAGUUUGGUCUGGUGGUAUGAGACCAUAUUCUGCAUAUUCUGAUCCAGAAGUUUUAGAUUUGAUACGUUCUAGACAAUUAUUAUCAUGUCCACAACAUUGUUCAACUAACAUCUAUAUGUUUAUUACUAGUUGUUGGAAUGAAGAAAUUGAAAGACGUCCAACGUUUAAAGAUUGUUUAAAUCAAAUACAAAAUUGGUAUUCAGAUGCAUCCGUUAUACCAUCAUUAUAUUCGAGUGAACAAGUAUUCUCUUAUUCUCAGAUUAUAGAUAACAAAAUUGAUUUUGAACAAUUAAAUAAUGCUACUAAUAAUAGCAUCAAUGGAACAGAAAGUCUUUCAGAGACUUCAAAAUCCAACUUAUCAAUACGUCAAACAUGCCCGGGAACAUUUAAUAUAAAAAAUCAUUUUACUUAUCCCAAAGAUUAUUUAACUAAAAUGUAUACUGCAGAUCCUUUUGAAUUAUUUCAUCCAUCAAUAAAUACUCCUAAUACAACGAUUAAUAAUAAUAGUAAUUCUAUUAGUCAAUAUCAUAAUUCUAGUCCAGAUAAUACAACAAUAAAUGGUAAAUUUGCAUCACAAACACAAACACAAUUACCAAUUUCAAAUAUAUCAAAUAAUUCAAAUGGAAUUCAAGAAUCAAGAAAUGAUAAUUGUAAAUCAUCUAAUGGAUUAGGUAUUCGAUUAUUACCAAAUACAACUACAAUGUUUAUUCCUACACUAAAUUCUGUUAGUUAGUUACUUAGUUCAAUAAUUAAUUAAUUAAUCGAAAGAUUUGAAGAGAUUUCAUUCAAACAAAAAAAGAAAUUGAAAGGAUAAUAAUGAAAAUGAUAAUUUUUUCUAAAAACAAAAAUUACAUUCACAGAUUUCUCCUAAAUAACAAUUUUUAAAUUUGUUAACAAUGAAUUAUGACGUAAUAUGAUUGUUCUGUUCCUCCCCCCUUUUUUCUGAACAAUUUAUGUUUCAUUAUGUUAGCACCAUUUAUACAUUCUCUUCUCCGGUGGACGGGGUGGAAUGGGGGGUGGGGGAUGAGAAGGAUGAAUACAAUUAGAUAUUAAAUAAAAAAUAAAGCGCAAUAAUAAUUUAUUUAGUUAAUAUAUAUUUGUUGAUUAAACUUUCUUAUCAAGAGAUAUAAUUUGUUUAAUCUUUUAUUAAUAUGCUUUUAUUAUUCGUAUACCGGUUAACAUAUAUAUAUUUGAUUUACCAUACAUAAGAAUCAAAUGAAUAUGAGAAAUUGACUAAUAUAGGUUCUAGUCAUAAAGAAAACAAAGAAAAAAAAAGAAGAAGAAGCUACACUGUAAAUACUACUUUGUCCUUUGCAAAUAUAGAUAAACAAUUAUCAUUACUUUUCAAUAUUAUUCAAUCAGUAAUAUUUUAUUUGUAUAAUAUAAUUUCUAUGUAAUAAUCAUUCAAUACAAAUAAAUGUUGUACUUUAAAUAGGACAAGAAAUUGUAAUGUUGGUUUCAUUUUUCUUCCCUUGUUAUCAAUAGACAUUUGAGAAGUAUUUGUCAUAUAAUGUUUAUCUUAUACUUUUUGUUAAUUUUCAUUCAUCAUUGGUUAAUAUUCAAUUAACAUGAUGAUUAGAAAAACAUUUUCUCAAUUGAAUACUUAUUUGUAAUAAAUAUGCAUUUCUUAUUUCUUUUUAUUUUUGGUUUUUUUGUUCCUUAUGUUCACCACGUUCAUUAUAAUUGAUAAGUCAGUUCAUUAUCUAACACUAUUUGAAAUGAAUAUUACGCCUUUUUUUUCAAUUGAAUAAAUAAUUAUAAUGAUGAGAAAUUUUCAGACUGAUGUAUAUUAAAACACAAAACGGUAUAAGUAAGCAGAAAUUCUUCAGAGAAUUCAGAUGUCUACUUAAAAUUGGAUGAAUAACUUUACAACAAAGUAGUCUUUGAGUAAUUAUUUGAUUUAGACAAUAGUUUGAAUUAGAGAUAAUCAAUCUCCAAGUUUCUUAACUUACAACUUUUAGAAUAAUAUUACUAAACAACUAAAAAAGGUGUUUUGUUAAGUAUGUUUUCAUAGUAAGACAAAUUUUUGAGUCUUCAAUGAUAAUGGAUAAAGAAUUUAUUAAAUAGAUUCGGUGUUUUCGUAGUCAUAUUUCAGUUAAAUAGAUGAAAGUAUAGUGUAGGAAUUAACCAAUAAGAAUCAAGAAAACGUUUCAUAAGUUUUUUGCACUGAAUUUAAAAAUGAAUGACUAUAAUCUUAUAUCUUGUAAAAACGAGCGUUAGAAAUACUUUUAUUCAGUGCCCAAAAUGUGGUCACAGAAAAUUAGUUUGAGUUAGUUUAGCGAACUGUAAAAUCUCAUUACAGUACCAAUAUUUCAUGUUGAUUUUGAAUGAAAAUCAUUGUCCAUUGGCCACAUAUCCAAGACAUGUCCCAACACCGGCCAAAUUAGACCUUUUUUAUUUCUCCUAGAUCACCAGUUAAGUAGUUUUAUGCCUAUCUACUACCACGUUUAAUCGGAUACAUUGUUCCUUCAAACUGUUAUCUUUCUCUUUUGUUCAUCUUCUGGACUCAAGUAUGAGCUAACUUCCUUCUGUUGAAUCAAGACUUCAGUUACAUCUAAACUUAUUUUUGUGAGUUAACUAGGCCUGGGUAAAUAAAAAACAGGUGAUUCCAGGGGCAGCAUUCUUACAGUUGAAGAACAUAUGGAACUCAAAACAACGUUCAACCAAUAUCAAAGCCAAAAUCUUCUAUACGAACGUCCAGAUAGUUCUACUGUACGGAGCUGACACUGGAAGAACUACGACAACCAUCAUCAAAAAGGUACAAGUACUUAUAAACAAUUGUCUACAUAAGAUACUCGAUGUCCGUUGACCGGAUACCAUCAACAACAGACCACUGUGGGAGAGAACAAACCAGCUUCCAAAUGAAUGGGAAAUUAGGAAAAGACAUUGAAAGUGAAUAGAACAUACAUUAUGGAAAUCACCAAACUGCAUCAUGAGGUAAGCGUUAACUUGAAUCCUGAAGGGAAACGAAAGAGGGGAAGGCCAAAGAACACAGUGUGUCGAGAAUCAGAAGCAGAUAUCCAAAACAAGAACAGCAAGUGGAAACAACUGGAUUGGAAUGCCCAGGACAGAGUUGGAUAGAGAAUCCUGGUGGGUGGCGAAAUCGAAGGCUUGGAAAGUAGUGCACUAUUACCUUUUGACCAUUACAACUCAGUCAUUCCGUAGUGGUGCUGCUUUUAGCCCUUUUGAGUCUGGAGAUAAUCAUCUAUGACAUGCCACAACCACUGAGGUGAACUUACUGUUUCUCUUCCGUAAUUCCUUGUAUUGAUUUCUUGUCCGGCAAUUGCUAAUCAUAUGUGCACCGUAUAGUAAUGAACGAUGAACCAUCAAUUAUGCAGGCUUUAUAUGGACAGUUAUUUUAACUUCUAUCAUUUAGUUUGUUUAGUUGUUUACUUCCUUUGGUCUUGAAAUUUUUAACUGCCGUUUGAAUAACUGAG